GAGGGAUGGCGGGGCCUCCUGGGCAGGCAGCCAUUCCAGUGAAACAUUAACUUUCAGUAGCUCCCAAGGGUUCAGAGCCACAUAGCACCUUUCCUCUGGUCACAGGACCCCCCCACCUUGCCCCCCACCCGCUGUGGUUCCAGUCGCGGCUGUUUGUGAGGACUGCAUUGAGCAGAGAGGAUCAUCUACCUGCCUAGGGGGGGUACAGCGUGGUGACCAACUUUCCUGGAGCCUCCAGGGACCCCAGACGGCCACCCCUGAACUCCUGAGGCCACACCGCAUGGGCUGUCCUAUGAAGCACCUGUCCCAGACCCUGAGCUGGGAGGUCACGGGACUCAGACCGGCCUCAGCGGUGGCAGGGAGUUCCAGGCCUGCCUGAGCCCAGCCGAUCCUGUAUGAGUUGGGGGCAGAGGAGGAGGUUCUGAGGCACUGGGUCCAGAAGCCACCGGGAGCUGUGCUGGAAGGCUCAGAGAUGUCUGCAGCAUGCGGCGCAGUGGGACAGCCCUCUCCUUCCUGCUAAGCGAGAGGGUCCGGGAGCCAGUGGAUUCUGGCUUGGUCCCCAUGAGCCCACUUGGCAGUGGUGUCAUCCGGAGAAGAUUUUCAGGGACUCCACUGCUGCCACCGCUGUCAAGCCGCCUUGGAACCCCUGGAGAGGUUGAGCCCAGUGCCUGUGUGGUGUUCACUAUCGAGUCUCAAGGGGCAGAGCAAGGCCACAAUCCAGACCCAGGAAGCUUUGACCUGGAAAAUGGAUUCUCAUGCGGCAGAAGCACCCUGGACCCUCAGGCUGGGCCUGGUCUUGGCCGGGUCAUCCAGGCCGCUGCUCAGCACAGCCAGAGGCGAGAGUCCUUCCUGUACCGUACCGACAGUGACUACGAACUCUCGCCCAAGGCCAUGUCCCGGAACUCCUCUGCAGCUAGCGAUCUACACGGAGAAGACAUGAUUGUGACGCCCUUUGCCCAGGUCCUAGCCAGUCUGAGGACCGUUCGGAGCAACGUCGCAGCCCUCGCCCACCUGCAAGGCCGCGGGACAGUCAAGCAGGCAUCGGUUGAGAACCCCCCAACUGGCAGUCAGCCCCCUCCACCUACAGAGGACACUAGGCAGAAGCUGGCUUUGGAGACACUGGACGAGCUGGACUGGUGUCUGGAUCAGCUGGAGACACUGCAGACACGGCACUCAGUGGGGGAAAUGGCCUCCAACAAGUUCAAGCGGAUGCUGAACCGGGAGUUAACUCACCUGUCCGAAACCAGCCGCUCUGGGAACCAGGUGUCCGAGUACAUCUCUCAAACCUUCCUGGACCAGCAGACUGAGAUGGAGCUGCUUAGGGUGACUCCCAUGGAGAGCCCAAGGCCCAUGUCCCAGAUCAGCAGCCUCCGUGGGCUCCCCCACAGGGCCAGCCUCUCUGCAGCCACCGUCCCACGCUUUGGGGUCCAGACUGACCAGGAGGGGCAGUUGGCCAAGGAACUGGAAGACACCAACAAGUGGGGGCUUGAUGUGUUCAAGGUGGCAGAGCUAAGUGGAAACCGUCCCCUCACAACCGUCAUGUUCAGCAUCUUCCAGGAACGGGACCUGCUCAAGACAUUUCAGAUCCCAGCGGACACACUUGUCACCUACCUUCUGACCUUGGAGAGUCACUAUCAUGCCGACGUGGCCUACCACAACAGCCUCCAUGCCGCUGAUGUGGCCCAGUCCACGCACGUGCUGCUGGCCACACCCGCCCUCGAGGCUGUUUUCACAGACCUGGAAAUCCUGGCUGCCAUCUUUGCAAGUGCCAUCCAUGAUGUGGACCAUCCUGGGGUCUCCAACCAGUUUCUCAUCAACACCAACUCAGAGCUUGCCCUUAUGUACAACGAUGCCUCCGUGCUGGAGAACCACCACCUGGCCGUGGGCUUCAAGCUUCUGCAAGCCGAGAACUGCGACAUCUUCCAGAACCUCAGUGCCAAGCAGCGGCUGAGUCUGCGCAGGAUGGUCAUCGACAUGGUCCUGGCCACAGACAUGUCCAAACACAUGAACCUCCUGGCUGACCUCAAGACCAUGGUGGAGACCAAGAAGGUGACAAGCCUUGGAGUCCUGCUAUUGGACAACUACUCCGACCGCAUCCAGGUCUUGCAGAACCUGGUGCACUGUGCAGACCUCAGCAACCCCACCAAGCCGCUGGAGUUGUACCGCCGGUGGACGGACCGCAUCAUGGCCGAAUUCUUCCAGCAGGGCGACCGGGAGCGCGAAUCAGGCCUGGAUAUCAGCCCCAUGUGUGAUAAGCACACUGCCUCGGUGGAGAAGUCCCAGGUGGGUUUCAUUGACUACAUUGCACACCCACUGUGGGAGACGUGGGCUGAUCUGGUGCACCCAGAUGCACAGGACCUGCUGGACACGCUGGAGGACAACCGUGAGUGGUACCAGAGCAAGAUCCCCCGCAGUCCUGUGGAUCUCACCAGCCCCGAGCAGGGGAGCCCUGACCGAUUCCGCUUUGAGCUGACUCUGGAGGAGGCGGAAGAAGAGGAGGAGGAGGAAGGAGCUUUAGACACAGAGGUCUCGGAGUCACCUGACACUGAGCUUCCGGCCCCAGAAGGCAGCCCAGAGCCUGGGGCCCUACUCCUGGACAACCAGAGGACUGGGGGCAAGCCCUGCGUGGACCAUGAGGCCAAUGUGAUGGCCGAGCCCUUUGGCACCUAAUGGCUCCUGGCGGAUGAGUGGACCUUCCAGAAAGAGGUCCCAGGUGGCCCUUGCCUUGCCUCCCCCACUUCCACCCCCCUCUGCACCAAGGGAGACAACCAGGCUUUUAGUUAGAGGCAGACCUUAGGAUCAAAUUGGAGGCACUUGGCUGGGGUCCAUUCUGACCCCAGGCUUUGCCAAGAGAGUUCUCCAAGGGGCUUGACUGCAGGCAGCCUCUUCCAGCGCCCUUGGGAUCUCCUUCCUGGGCUUCCAUGCUCAGUGUGGAAAGAGGGUGUCUACCAGGCCCCUUGUCCACCUUCUCCAGUGGUCAUUCUGGAGGCACAGCCAUCACUUUAUCUUUUCAGUCUUGAUCCCGUAUUUAUUGAGCAUCUACUAUGUGCCAGGCUCGUGCCUGUCGUGUGCUUCUAGGGUUGCCCUGCAUUAGGUGGUGGCGAGUCAGCCCCCAGGAGACCUACCUGUCCCCCACCCCAGGUACCACCCCUUCAUCUGCCAGGCAGCUCCAUGCGAGAGAAUGGAAACUUGAAUCGGAGAAUUUUUAGCACCAAAGCUUUGUCCAGAGCCGAACCUGGCUCAAGAGGUCUGAUGCGGAGCGGGAAGGGGCAGGAAAGACAGAGCUCUGUGUCCGGAACUGUCUCUCAAGACUGACUUAGCUUGUGGCUGCCUGUGUACGGGUUCUUGCUCUAAGUCAGUGUAGUUUCUGUCUUGGGGUCUCUGGGUCUGUUCUCCUGAGCCCCAGGACCCCCUGCUGGGUCCCCCUCCCACUUUCUCCCUCUUUUAGAAUAGCAACAAAAGCACAGCCUUCUCUCCACACCUCCCCGCGAAGGUCUCUGUUUCUGAGGCUGCCCCCAGACUCCCAAUAGGGGGAAGGAGACCUCGGAGGCUUUCUUCCCAGUCAUAGCCCCUUCUGGGCCUCAGUUUCUCCUCUACGGCCUGAUCCUUGUACUUGGGUAAAUUGUGGUUGGAGGGUGGUGUCUGUGACCUUUCUGAAAUACCUUAGAAACGUGGGGUCAUUGGACGUGUCUCUGGGGUUAAAUAAACCCUAUUACCCAAAAUUAAUACCAUCCCCACUGGGGAUGGGGAAACUGAGUGCCAAUAGGCGGUGUUGCCUGGUCAAGGCCAUGCGGCUAGGAGCAGGACAUUAGCCAGCAGCGCCCCCUGGCGGAGGGAGGUGCGGAGGGGAGGCGGGGUGAACCUGGGGAUUCUUGCCUCACUGGCUGUUCCUCAGGCUCCCGACUCGCGCUGGAGGGGCUUUCCUAGCUCUCAGCAAAAGAGGCGCCUCUGCUUAAGUAUGCCGUUCUAUUCCCGCUUCCAGAAGCCUCAGUAUCUCCCCCACCGUCCUCUCCUCCCGUGCCUGAAGAAUUAUAAUGGGACUCAAGUCGUGGAGCAGCCCCUCGCUUCAAGAACAGCCGGCUUCAUUCCUGAAUAAUUCCAUUCCACUGAUAAUUCAGCAUCAUCACAAGUAAUGAUCAAAUUCCACAGAAGGAGAAUUAAAAUUUAUCUGGGUCACAAA